CUGGCCUGCAAAGUUCCCCUUAAACUCCCAUCUGUCAAUCAAGUAAAGGAAAGACCAGCAACUAUAAGCUUCUUUGGAUGUUGUCGCAGCGCCAGCAGGCCCCUACUUUGAACUUCAUUCGUACAGUUCUGAGGCGCCUUGUCUAUACCAAGAUGGAAGUUUCAUAAGCAGGGAGCUAAGUAACUGUGAAUCUGCCUGCUGCAGAAACAUGAUUAAAGAUAACAACGAAAUUAUUCCACUAAUGGGCAAGAAAACAAAUCCGUCUGGUAUUCCUCCUUCAAACCAGCAAGAGAAAAAGCCGACUGAAAGCACUCCCACAAAGAAAAGUUCACACUUUUUUCUGGAGAUUGAUGGUUUUGAAAGCAAUGCAACUCCAAAUAAUACGUCUCCUCCUGUGUUUUCAAAACCAAUGGAUUCAAAUAUUCGUCCAUGUGCAUCUGGGAAUGGGGAAGAUAUGGAUUCCCCACAGUCUCUUCAGGAUGAUGCGACUGAAUAUAGCCCUAAUGUAGACAGUUGUUGUGCUAAUAUAUCACAAGGACCCGAGCAGACCAGUGCCAGGAAAAAGCUGAAAAGAUACAUAUUUCGGGCAGUAUCUGAGGGGAACAUAGAAGAACUGCAGUGUCUACUCGCAGAGCUGAAGGAAAGAUCAAAUGCAUGUACAAACAUGACUGUGCCGGAUUAUCUGAUGAAAAAAUUCACAGCUUCAGAUACUGGCAAAACUUGUCUGAUGAAAGCUCUGCUGAACAUCAACCAAAACACAAAUGAGAUAGUGAAUAUGCUACUAUCCUUUGCAGAAGAAAAUGGUAUUUUGGAGAGAUUUAUCAAUGCAGCAUAUACAGAAGAGGCAUAUAAAGGCCAGACAGCUCUAAAUAUUGCCAUUGAAAGAAGACAAUAUGAAAUAACUCAGAGCCUUAUAGAAAAAGGAGCUGAUGUCAAUGCUCAUGCCCAGGGUGUUUUCUUUAAUCCCAAGCAUAAGCAUGAAGGCUUUUAUUUUGGUGAAACUGCCCUGGCGUUAGCUGCGUGUACCAAUCAGCCAGACAUAACUCAACUGUUAAUGGACAAUACCAGGACUAAUAUUACUUCUCAGGAUUCCAGAGGAAACAACAUCCUCCAUGCGUUAGUUACUGUGGCAGAAGACUUCAAAACGCAGAAUGACUUUGUAGUCAGAAUGUAUGACAUGAUUUUGUUGAAAAGUAAAGACAGAAAUUUGGAAACAACAAAGAAUAAGGAGGGUUUGACACCACUACAAUUAGCUGCAAAAACUGGGAAAUUAGAGAUUCUGAAAUACAUCCUGAGCAGAGAGAUAAGAGAUAAGCCUAACAGGAGCCUGUCAAGAAAAUUCACAGACUGGGCUUAUGGUCCUGUUCAAUCUUCUCUUUACGAUCUGACGGAACUAGAUACUACCGCAGACAAUUCAGUUUUGGAAAUAAUUGUCUAUAAUACAAAUAUUGGUAAUCGUCAUGAAAUGCUGACUUUGGAGCCUCUGAAUUCACUCCUGCGAAUGAAAUGGAAGAAGUUUGCACGACACAUGUUUUUUAUGUCAUGUUGUUUUUAUUUCCUAUACAACGUAACACUAACGUUAGUUUCCUACCACAGGCCUAAUGAAAAUGAAGCUCCACCUUAUCCACUAGCACUGACGCGUGGUGUGGGAUGGCUGCAGUUAUCGGGACAGGUGAUGGUUAUGUUAGGAGCAAUAUUUUUAGCCAUAAAAGAGAGUGUAGCCAUCUUUCUGCUUAGGCCCUCAGACCUGCAUUCAAUUCUCUCUGAUGCGUGGUUCCACUUUGCAUUUUUUAUACAAGCUUUGCUUGUGAUCUUCUCUGUCUUUUUGUACUUGUUUUCCUACAAAGAACACCUCGUGUGUCUUGUUUUGGCAAUGGCCCUGGGAUGGGCCAAUAUGCUCUAUUUCACCAGAGGCUUCCAGUCCAUGGGCAUUUACAGUGUUAUGAUUCAAAAGGUCAUCCUGCAAGAUGUGAUAAAAUUUUUAGUUGUCUAUAUCGUGUUUUUGCUGGGAUUUGGCGUAGCUCUUGCUGCACUGAUUGACACUUGCCAAGAUGGCAAUGAAUGCCACUCCAACAGCAGUCUGGGACCUGUUCUCAUGGAUCUUUUUAAGCUCACCCUCGGACUGGGUGAUCUGGAGAUCCAGCAAAACUCAAAGUAUCCUGUACUAUUUCUUCUGCUCCUCAUAACUUACGUUGUGUUGACUUUUGUUCUUCUCUUGAACAUGCUGAUUGCAUUAAUGGGAGAAACAGUGGAAGAUAUUUCUAAAGAGAGUGAGCACAUCUGGAAACUCCAGAGAGCCAGAACUAUUUUGGAAUUUGAAAAAUUCUUACCAAAAUGUUUGAGGAAAAAAUUCCAACUGGGAGAACGGUGUAAAGUGGCUGAGAAUGACACCAGGGUGUGUUUAAGGAUUAAUGAAGUGAAAUGGACCGAGUGGAAAACACAUGUUUCAUUUAUUAAUGAAGAUCCAGGGCCAACAGAUCCAAGCAAAGUUCAAGAUAAUUCAAGAACUAAUAGCAAAAACACCCUGAAUACGUUUGAAGAAAUGGAUGAUUUGCCUGAAACUUCUGUUUAGUUUUGCUGCAUCUGACAUGUGGUCGUUCUGAAGGUUAAAAGCAUCAGCAGUGGACGCUGGAAGCUUUGGUGAUAUUUUGGACAGCUGUAACCAGCUGGAACACAAACUUUCAGCGACACGGUCUGAUGACUUUAACCCAUUUAAUCAGGGCAGCUAAGCUAAAAUAAAAUGGACUAUUUCACUGGUUCAGUUUUGAGCCUCUUGCAAACCACUGCUGUCCAAGUUUGGUCAAACUUGGCUCUAGACUUUUUACUGGAUAACAAAGGUCAAAUGUGAGAUAUUUCUUCCUUUUGUGGAAAAUUAACAUCGUGAUCCCAGUCUGCUGUCUUUUGUUUUGGAAUCUCUAGCUCAUGAGAAACAUUUUGUACACUGAAAAAAGUUAAGUUCUUGUCGUGGAGAAAAGAAAGGCAUUUCAAUUGUGAAGACUACUAAAUGAAGUAUGUUAUUUUGAAAUAACAAUGUUCUGGAUACAUUUGAAGCUUUUGUAUUGUCUGUCAGUGUUAUUGGAGGCUUGAUCCCACGAGCUGGAGAAAAGCCGCUUCAGGUCUCAUUAGCUUUGCCUGAUCUGUUUUCCUGUGUGUAACCCCCAGGGUAUAACGUGGUGUUUACUGCUUUUUAUUUAUUACUAUGUGUAUAU